AUGACCAUGGGUGGAGUGAUCUCGAUCUUAGCGUCACUGAAGAAGCCACGUGAGCUGAAAGGUAUUGUGGUGGUAUCAGGAGGUGUCACCUGGAACCCCGAGGGUGCCACACCAUUUAAGCGUUUCGUAGCUAAAUGGUUUGGCUGGCUGGUCCCCAACUUCCCCGUGAGCACCAUCAUAGAUCUCGAUUUAGCUGUUCGAACAAGUGAGUCUAAGGAACUACUUAUAAAGGAUCCGCAUACUUUCAAAGGUACUUGGUUAAAAGCAGGCUGGGCAAGAACCGUGAUGAACACUAUACCGAAUCUGUACGACCAAAUGCAUAAUGUUGACAUUCCUCUGCUGAUACUUCACGGCGGUCAGGACAAGAUAUGUGACGUAAAAGGUGCACAGGAGCUGUAUGAAACUUCUAACUCUCACGAUAAAAGUUUAAAGGUGUAUCCGAACUCUUAUCAUUGUCUUUUCCUCGAGCCAGAAGGUAUCGCAGAAGAAGUCGUAGAAGAAAUAAGAAGAUGGAUUAAGAACAGGAUGUAGAAAUGUGU